AUGGCCGCCAAAGUCGCAACCUCGAACCCCGUCCCGGCCACGGUCGAUCAUGCGGGGAGCGGGCUCUCGCGGGACGAGGCUGCGCAGGCCAUGAAGGGCGUCGUGGUGCCUGGCGAUCCCGGCGACUCGUCCAAAACAUCCCGGAAGCUGCAGCUCAGCGACUUCAACAAGGUCCGCACGCUGGGGACAGGCACAUUUGCCCGGGUCUGUUUAGUACGACUAUCCCACCCUGCCAAUGAAGCAGAGCGCAACAAGGUGUUUGCGCUCAAGAUAUUGAGGAAGACAGAGGUCAUCAAGCUCAAGCAAAUCGACCAUGUGCGCCAUGAGCGCGAGAUCCUCGGCGAUGUGUCCGGCCACCCUUUCAUCACGAACCUCAUGGCAUCAUUCUCCGACGCCGACUCUCUAUACCUUCUUCUCGACUAUGUGCCCGGCGGCGAGCUCUUCUCGUACUUGCGCAAGUACCGCCGCUUCGACGAACCCAUGGCACAGUUCUACGCCGCCGAGAUCGUCCUCGUGCUCGAAUAUCUGCACGAGCAGCAAGGGGGCGUGGCAUACCGCGAUCUCAAACCAGAGAACCUGCUGCUAGACGAGGAGGGCCACAUCAAGCUCGUGGACUUUGGCUUUGCGAAGCGCCUGGGCGGCCGCGGCGACCCCAGCGACACAAAGGGGGCGCCGACCGAGACGUACACCCUCUGCGGCACCCCCGAGUACCUCGCCCCGGAAGUGAUCCAUAACAAGGGUCACACGACGGCUGUGGACUGGUGGGCGCUCGGCAUCCUGAUCUAUGAGUUCUUGACCGGCUACCCGCCUUUCUGGCACCAGAAUCCCAUCGAGAUCUACAAGCAAAUCGUCGAGAAGCCCGUCAUCUUCCCCCAAGAGCCGCCCAUCUCGCCCGAGGCGCAAGACAUCAUCCGGCAGUUCUGCAACGUCGACCGGUCGCGGCGGCUGGGCAACAUCAGCGGCGGCGCGGCCCGCGUCAAGGAGCACCCCUUCUUCCGCGGCGUCGACUGGGACGCCGUGCUGCAGCGCCGCCAGAAGGGCCCCAUCAUCCCGCCCGUCCGCUUCCCCGGCGACGCCCAGUGCUUCGACAUCUACCCGGAGGACGACCCCAACAGGGAGACGUACACCGAGGACAUGGCGAGCAAGUACGACCAGUUCUUCAAGGAUUUCUGA